AUGUCAUUGUUUCAUUUUCAAGAAUGGUUUUGGUCGGAAGUGCCCCAGGGUCGUACAAUUCACGUUUCAAAUUUGGUUGGAAAUAGAGGUAAAUUUGGCGAAUUUUAACGAAAAAUAGGUCAUUUUGAGACUGUUUUUGAAAUUUUAGGUAAUAAGUGAAGAAAAAAUACAAUUUUAGGUAACAUUUAGUGAAAAAAUUUUAUUUUAGGUAACAUUUUGUCAAAAAAUAUUGUUUUAGGUAACACUUGUAAUUUGGUGUACUUUUCUUCAAUUCAAUUAAAAUUCUACUUACUUUUAGACCAAAUAUUUGUUGGAUCACUGAAUGGCACCUUGUCCAUCUUCGAUCCCGGUCGAGAACCAGAUAAUCGACAGGAAACUGCUUUGAUGCUGGAGAAAGACCUAAAAGCCCCUGUUUUGAACAUACUGGUCGGAAAGUUCUUGGCCAGUUAUGAAGAAGCUCUUGUAGCUGUGCUACAUCCUAGGCUACUCAAGUUUUUUAGGCUUGGAACGGGUAGGUGAUUAAAGAUUAUCUCUUAGUCUUAUAUCUUAGCCCAGAGCCCUAGCCCAGAGCCCUAGCCCAGAGCCCUAGCCCAGAGCCCUAGCCCAGAGCCCUAGCCCAGAGCCCUAGCCCAGAGCCCAAGCCCAGAGCCCUAGCCUUAGCUUAGAGCCCUAGCCCAGAACCUUAGCUUAAGUCUUAGUCUAAGCCGUAGCCGAAGCCCACUAAGCCUGCACUAGCCUAAGACGGCUUAAUAUUACUUGCCCUAGCCCUAGUUUUAGCCUUGGCCUUGCUCUAGGUUUAGCCUCUGCCUUAGCUCUAACCCUAUCUUAGUCUUCUGGCCCUUUCCUUAUCCCUGGUCCUAGUACUAGUUCUGGCUAUUUUAAACCUACUACAAUAUGAUAUAUACUACCAUGUUACAUUUCAGUCGACAACGCCUCCUUUACACUAGACCCCAUCUUCGAACACAAACUAAAACAAGGUCCAGCCUUCAACAUGUGUGUGGGCGAGCUAUCUCGAGGUCAAUAUCAUCAGAUCUACGUUCAGUCGAUCAACUGUUCUUUGAGUAUAUACGAAGCCGAGAAUCAUGUGUUGGGCCGUCAAAUGCAGAAUGCCAUUCAUCCUGGACCAAUUGUGUAUGCGGCGAGUACGCAGACCUUGUUCAAUGCUAGUGGAGGGUAUCUGACGGCUUACCCACACAGCAGUUUCACUGCCACUUUGAGCAAUUCCAACAAAAAACUUAUGGUAAGGGGGGGCAAGUGUAGUAAAGGGAGAGGUUGGGCGUGGUAAAAAAUUUUAGGGGAUAGGAAGGGGGGGGGGACUGCCAAAAAUUUAAUAGUAAUUUUAUGUGAUUUAUGAAAAAAAAUUUUUAGGCGGGGUAAUUUUUGUUAUUUUUGAAGGGGAGGGUGUGAAUGUAGGGAAAAAAAUUUUUUUUUGAUUUUAUACAUUAAAAUUUUUUUGACGGGUAAAAAAGUUUUUUUGCAGGGCGUGGUAAAAAUUUUUUUUUCGAGUAUGGCAAAUUUAAAAAAAAUAUUAAAAAAUGACAUACCUAGUAAUAAAUUUUGCCAAAUGACACUCCACUACUAACUUUUACAAAAACUAAUACUUUAUCUCCAAUAUUUACAGUACGAAUGGACCUUCAACUUGGGUGAUACGGUAGUUGAUAUGGGUAAUAUCGACGAAACUCCGAUUCAGCCGUCAAUUAUUGUGCUGUGUCGUCGUAUGCUGUACUGUUUUACUCAUGGUGGGACGCCAAGAUUCAUGUUGAGAUUUCAAUUUGUGUGCACAUCAUUACUGGUUUAUAAGUCUAGUAGGUUUUGUGGUUUUAAAUUGCAGGAACUUUCUUUACAAAAUUUAAAAUGGAAAGAAUUUUCUUUACUGAUUGUAAAAUGGUAAAAACUUUCUUCAGAUAAUGUAAAAUGGCAAGAACUUUCUUUACAAAAUUCAAAAUGGCAAGGACUUUCUUUACAAAAUUCAAAAUGGCAAAAACUUUCUUUACAAAACACAAAAUGGCAAAAACUUUCUUUACAAAACACAAAAUGGCAAUUGUCGUAUAACUUGUCAUACGCAGGCUGCACAACGCUAAAUCUCGUCCAAAUCGCAUAAUUUUUCAAAAUGAAAUUUAAAACUUUAAAAGAAAAGCAAAUUUAUUUCAGACGACACCCCAGUAACUCAAUAUUGUGUAGGAACAUCCACCAAAACCUUGUUAUUCUACAAUGACACCACUAUGGUAUGGUCAGCUCAAUUUGGAGUAAUUCCAAUCGAAGUACGACGAUGCAACUUCACUCAUAAUCACCGUGGCAUGGUUACAAUACUCUCGGAUGACUGUCGAUUAACCUCCGGUUAUUUGGGCACAGAACCGUCCAUCUUCAGAAUGCCGGUCACUGAGACCAGAUUCAUUGAUUUCGAAGCCAGAAGGGAGGAAAUUGAAAAUUUCGAAAAAACGAUUAAAAACGCUUCAAAGGACUCGAGUAACUUCACAUCAAGUCGUGAACUUGAGGUUAAGAUUCAGGUCGUUUUGGACGUGAAUUCUGUAGCUGUGGAUACGUUUGAAGGAGCUACAUCGGCUACGAUCAAUGUUUCGGUUCAGUCGCCUGCUCCGAGAGUGGAUCUUGUGUUCCAUUCUGAGUGCUACAGUGAGCCGGACAACUUCACUGUUACUACAGGUAGGGUGGGGUAAAGCAAUAUAAAGUAGGACAGAGUAGGGUAAGAUGAGGUAUUGUGGGGUUGGGCAGGGUAAAAUCAUUUAGGGUAAGAUAGGGGUGUGUAGGAUAAGAAGGGGCAGGAUAAGCUGAAAGGGGUAUGGCUAGGUUCUUUGACCCAGCAAAACAAAAAGAUAGGGUAGGGUAAAGCUAAGGCAAGGCUAAAAAAGUGGAUUUGGCAUGGCACAACAAGCUAUGUCAAGGAAGAUAAAGGCAUAUUAAUGCAGGAUAAGUAAGGAGAAUAGAAUAGGGUACGGUAGGAUACAGUAGGGUAGGGUAGGGUAGUUGUAUUAAUCUCACCUUACAUAAUAAAUUUUUGAUUUUAAGGCGGAUUCGAAGGCAUGUCAAUCACAACGUUCGUGUACGGACAACCUGUUGCAGACAGCCGCUUCAUUCUUACUGCUUCAACUUCUACUGGAGGUAUUGUCCUUUCAUAUAUUGGCCGUUUUUAUAUUAAAAAUGUUGUUUCUAGGGCUAUAUUAUUAUACUAAUUAUACUAAUUUACUAUCUAUGACAAAACAUUGCUUACAAUUGUUAGAGAAAGGUUUUUAUGCCAAUAGCAAGAACUUUCUUUACAGAUCAUAAAAUGGUAGAAACUUUUUUAGCCUGACGUUUUUACCUUAUGUUAUUAUAGAAUCCUCACUGAUCGAAGGGCGAUUACCGUUAAAGUUACUGUGCUUCGAAGUCGGUGCGUUAAGGGCAGCUCAACAUAAAUUGUCGUUGGACACUCAAUCAGCUGGACUAGAAAUUCGGGAUCUUUAUCCAGGUAUGUUUACUCUGACCUACCCUAUCUGUACUGCCGUGCCUUGCCUUACUCUGUCCUGCUCUGCUCUAUCUUGCCCUUCCGUACCCUACCUCCCUUUCCUUACUUUAUGCUGGUGUACUUUACCCUACCCUACUCUACCUGACUUUAGCCUACCUUGCCCCACCAAAAUAUAAACAUAUUGUUGUAGAAUUCGAAACAGAAUCUCAAAGUUCACUAGGCCUUCAACCGUUUGGCUCCGAGGCUGUGGUAUCUUUGUUCAGUGGAGUAAAGAAUGGUCGAUACCGAAUACAAUCAGACUCAACUGACUUCCUUUACCUAGUGUUUGAUGACCUAGUCAGAAGAAUCAAGAAAAAACAGCCCGAUGCCAAAUUGAGCUGUCCUGUACCUUUACAUAUGUUUGUUACUGGCAUUGUCAGGCAAAUUGAGGUAGGAAUUUGAGAUUUUGUUUCAAAAUUGGGGGUGUUUUAGGUGGUUUUUGAGGUAAAAAUGAAGGUUUUAAGACUUUUUUGGUCUAAAAUAAGGUCUUUUAGGUAUUUUGUAUUAAAUAACAAAUUAUUUGAAAGGUCCUACAAACUUUAAUACCAGGAAAGUCAAAUAAAUUUACCUAAAAACACACUUUAAGUUAGAAAAACGCAGAGAAGCAGAGCGAAAAGAAGUUGAUCGAGUCUCAAUCCAGAUGCGCCAUGUUGAAACGAUGCUACUGAACAAACUAAAAGUAGAUCGAGACGAAUCCAUGGCCUCUAUCAACGUCUUGGUCAACUACACCUAUCGCGAGCUUUUGACAGGACUAGAUCAACUCAAAAAUACCGAAAAGGAGGUCGAAGCUCACCGGACCUUCACCUUGAAACCCUUGUUGAACUUGAUGAAGCUCGUCCUCGGAAUGAGCGAUAUUAACCUGCCUUUUGAUGGCUGGAUUCUUGACGGGAAUGAUCAGGUAAGCAUAAUAUAUAAAAAUCAUUUAAGGUCAUUACCAAUACCUUAACAAUAAUUUCGUUUUACCUACUACAACAUCCCAAUUUCCAGACCCUAACCCAAAUCCUCGCUCCAUUGCUUGGCCAUGUUGGAAGUUCGGCCGAUCUUACAGCAGAUGGCAUAACACAACUGAUUGUCGCGUUUUGUGAACAAGGCGGUCGGUUUUCGACUAUCGCUGAAAUGCCCGAAGAAGAAGAAGAAGAAAAACAACAUGACACAAAUGAUCUUGUUCAUCUCGAAACUGGAGCAAUGGAAAGCUCUUUGCACACUAAUAACUAG